AUGGUCAACACAAGCACCGUGGUGACGGCAUCAGUCGCAACCCUCGCGACAGGCCUCGUCGCGUACGCCGCCUACUUUGACUACAAGCGACGAAGAGACGCCGAGUUCCGCCGCAACCUGAGGAGGAACGAGCGCAAGCAGGUCCGCGCCGAGAAGGAGGAGGCCGAGGCCUCGACACAGCGGCUGCGAAGCCUCAUCAAGGCCAAGGUCGACGAGGCCAAGGAGGAGGGCUUCCCCGCCGGCGUGGAGGAGCGCGAGGCCUUCUUCAACGAGCAGGUCAUGACGGGCGAGAUGCUGAGCCAGGAUCCUUCUAAGAUGAUUGAUUCUGCGCUUGCUUUCUACAAGGGCCUCAAGGUGUACCCUGCUCCCGGCGACCUGAUCAAGAUCUACGACAGCACUGUUCCCAAGCCCAUAUUAGACAUCCUGGCCGACAUGAUUGCGUACGACGGCGACAUCAUGAUCCGCACCCGUCCCUCAUCCUCAGGCCCCAUCAACCUGGGCGACAUCCCCAACGUCGGCCUCGACUAA